AUGAGCGAACGACUGCGCCAAAUCCAUCAACAUCUGGAACCCAGUGAUCCAGCCACAGAUCCCAGUCGCAUAGAUGGCCAGGUCGUUAUCAUCACUGGUGGCGCUCAAGGUAUCGGAAAAGCUGCAGCCAUACUGUUAGCCCAGAAAGGAGCCAAGAUUGCCAUCAGUGACUUGGAUAAAGACAAGGCAGAAGAUGUGGCAAACGAGAUCCGUGCGUUCCAGGGGGAAGCAGAAAGCUUUCCCGGCAACGCCCUCGAUGAAGAGUUUCCGUCCCAGUUGGUGGACAGUGUGUUGCGGCGCUGGGGCAAGAUCAACUGUCUCAUAAACAACGCUGGAUUCUGCCACGAUAGUGCAAUCCACAAGAUGGGCGAGGACAAGUUCGAUAUCAUCAUGAAGAUCCACAAUUACGUACCCUUCCGGAUGACGCGAGCGUUAUCAGGGCAUUGGAUGGACCCGGCCAACAGGGAUAUGCCAAAGGCCGUGGUCAAUGUGUCCUCCACGUCUGGAUUGCAUGGAUCGAUGGGCCAGAUAAACUACGCAACAGCUAAGGCUGGAGUCGUUGGGCUCACAAAGACCAUUGCAUCCGAAUGGGGCCGAUACAAUGUGCGGGCCAACGCUGUGGCUUAUGGCUGGAUUGAUACGCGGAUUACGCGCCCGCCCACCGAGUCGGAGGCGAUGUCACUAGGAGGCCAGUCGAUCAGACUUGGGAUCCCUGAAAAUGCAAAGAAGUGGCGAGACGUUUCUGAUAUCCCACUGGGUCGCCCUGGGUCGGCGGACGAGGCUGCGCGGGUGAUGCUCUUCCUGGCCAGUUCGCUGUCUUCGUAUGUGACAGGCACUUGCAUCGAGUGUACUGGUGGUCGUUUCAUGUAA